AUGAGUAUUGAGAACGCUGAUCCGAAAAAAGCUCAGGCCCCCGCGUCGCUCAUCCUGGGUGACACGGGCGGCGGCACCGUCCCCCGCCCAACCUACCUCUCCUCCUGCCCCUCCCUCCCGCCGUUGCCGGAGGACUCUAGUGCGGCUGACGGCGGCGGCGGGGUCCGUGCUUGUGGUUGUUCUUUCCGAGGUCACAGGGACCCAAACAGAUCGAAUCCAUCCACGGUCUCAAGUGAAAGCCAGAUUUUCAAUUGGUCAGACGUGCAUGCGUUGCUAGUCAAGAAAUCAAUCAAGGUGCCUAUGUGCUUGCUUGAGCCUAGCAUGUACGCUCUCAUCGACGGCGAUAGAGACGAUCGACUCUGCAGCUCGUACGACUCCGUGCUUGAUGCAGCGGCCAUCGCUGGUGUGGCUGAUAUAGUAUAUGAACAGUCUUCGCCGCGGAGGACGCUGCAGAGCCAGCUGAGCCGGUGCGAGGACGAGGAAGCCGAGAAGGCGAGGUCGCUUGCUGCCGAUUCGAUGAGCCCUGUGCAUGAUGGAUUGGUGAUAAGCAAACCACCAGGGAUGAGGUUUCCCUUGAGAAGAAAUAUGCCGGCAUCUGUUGAGCCGGCCGGCCACCUCCACAAUGCCAAUGGCUUUGACGCCGUUUCGUUGUCGGGUUCAGAUGGGAGCUCAGGAAGAUUCACUCCCAAAACCAGUGCGAACAUGCAUAGCACAUUUCUUCAGGAUGCGACCAAUGUCCUCUCGCCUUUUGCCAACAAUGCCACCUCGAGAAACCCAUUGAGCUCUGGUGACUGGUCAGGAAGCUCAGCUCCUGACGCUAGCACUGAUGGGUCGACGAGCAACUCGGGUGAGACGGGGUUGAGAGGUGCAGAGGAUGAUGUAGAGAAGCUGAGAAGUGAGAUAGGGACUUUGACAAGAAAACUGGAUGUCUCAGACAUGGAGUUGCAGACACUCAGAAAGCAAAUUGUAAAAGAGAGUAGGCGAGGUCAAGACCUUUCCAAGGAAAUGAGUAGCUUGAGGGAUGAGAGGGAUGCACUCCGAGGAGAAUGUGAAGGCCUUAGAGGGAUGAAGAAGACGAUCCAUGAUGCAAAUGGAUCAGGUAAACGGUUGUCAGACGGGGAAGAUCCCUGGUCUCAGGUUGAGGAGCUGAAGCAAGAGCUGGGCCAUGAGAAGAAUUUAAAUGCAGAUCUACGUGUACAGCUACAGAAAAUGCAGGAGUCCAACUCUGAGCUGCUUCUGGCUGUGAAGGAUCUUGAUGAAAUGCUGGAGCAGAAGAAUAGAGAUAUGUCCAUUUUGCAAGAAGAAACAGUAGAGGAUCCCCAGGAGGCAGAAUAUGAGCAUGCACUGUCAAAUGUGCACAGUGCUGGACACAAGAUGGACAUGUCUGAAACAAGUUCGUACCAAGAGAAAGAAGACGAGCUUAUGUUGGAUGCAUUGGUGAAGAAGAGUGACGGCAUCGCUAGUUCUGAACUGCAAGAGAAGAUUCUUGAACUGAGUGAUGAAAUUGAGCUGUACAAGAAAGACCGUGAGGAUCUUGAGAUGCAAAUGGAGCAGCUUGCACUUGAUUAUGAGAUUCUGAAGCAAGAGAACCAUGACAUCUCUUCGAGGCUGGAACAAACACAACUUAGAGAGCAGCUAAGGAUGCAGUAUGAGUUUGUCCCUUCCCUCGAUCCCAUCUCUCCCGUACGCCGCGCCACCUCUCCUCUCGAUCUCUUCCUCGCUGCCAGCCCGCGACCUCCGCUGCCCCGCAAGCACCACCAACCUCCGCUGCCGCUCAAGUCCAAGAGCCCCGCGCACCCUGCCUCAGCGCCGCCCUUCUCCAUGGAUGCUGCCGGUCGAGCUCAAAGCUCCACCCCGGAGCUGCUCCGCCCUGAGGCCCUGGCCUCGACCUCUUGUGCCUCCUCCUCCCUUCUGCCGGAACCCAAGUCCAGCGCCUCCCCAUGCCAGCGCGACCCCAUGCACCAUCGCCGAACCUCGCCGUCCUUCUGCACAUCAUCACCGGCCCGCUUCACCUUGUUUCUGCCCUGCCGGUGA